AGUGCAGGAGCCUGUCGCCGCGGCACCGCACCACACUUAACCGCAACAAAGCGAGACUCAGUGCUGAUGAUGAGAACGCGGAGGCGGAUGCCUCAAAAACAGGAUCGUCACCGAAAACAGCAUCGCAACCCUGUGAACUGCUACACACCUGGGUCUCUCUUGCAGUCCAGUAAAAAGACCCUCAUAUAUCCCGCUCACACUCGCAGAUGUCACUCACCCAUCGUGAUUUGCGGAUGCCGGUUGCAGAUUCCAGAAUCAGGUCCUGAUGAAACAUAUGUGGUGAG